CACUGAACAAGGUAGCAUCAAAGGCCUUUUGAGAGGACAACGUAUUAACGUUAGCGACGUCGCUACGGUGUACCCCGGUGUCAAUGAACGCCUAUCUCCAGAUUGACGGGGAAGUGGAGUCGGACAAUGCGUUGGUUGCUGGUCAUGGUCUAAGGUAGUUAUAUACCUAUGCUGGUCGUCAGUGAAUAUGGAUUCGUCCUGUCUGUGGAUCAUUGAGGACCAGAACCGUGAUCAUGGACUCGAAGACACCGGAAGAUCAACAUACUUACUCGCCAACAAGCACUCAGGAAGAGGGAACUGUGACUACAAAAUGGCAAGGACAUCUGGCGGAGCUGAAAUAUAUGCUCACCACGAAAGACGGAUGGGUGGGAGACUAUGACUACCUUUACCUGAUAACGCCCAACAUCUGGCCGCUGAACCGCAAGUACAAGGACUACAAGGCCCCCUUUUAUGGCAUGAACGAUCGUGUACCUCUUCUGUUGACGCUCAUACUCGGUCUCCAGCAUGCUCUCUGUAUGAUCGGCUCGAUAGUCUCACCGCCUCUGGCUAUUGCGUCGGGCGCGUUCAACUUCGAGCCCGGAAUGACACAGUACCUGGUAUCGACUGCUUUCAUAACCACUGGUAUCGCGACCGCCCUGCAGAUUACUCGGCUACACAUUACGAAGACGCCCUUUUUCAUUGGCACCGGACUUUUGAGUGUCGUCGGGCCAACGUUCGAUAUCCUUCCCAUCGUCUUCAAUUACGCGGCGCUUCGUUACAAAUCCGGUUCCUGUCCUGUAGCUGAAGAUGGGACACAGGGCGCCUGUCCGCAAGCCUGGGGGGCGGUACUUGGAACUAUGCUUUGCUGUGUUUGGAUUCAGAUCGGCAUGGCUUUCGUGCCUCCCAAGACCUUGAAUAAGAUAUUCCCAAAACUUAUCACCGGAUCUCUUCUCACGUUGAUUGGUGUAUACCUGAUCGGGAACGGUCUACAGAACUGGGGAGGCUCUUCCAACUGCCACGGAGGAGAAGGCUUCUAUGAGCUGUGUCCGAGCAUCGCAGCCCCUAAGCCGCUUCCUUGGGGAGAUCCAAAGCUGAUUGGCUUGGGAUUCAGUGUUUUCGCGACUAUCGUCGUCGUGGAAGCUAUCGGGGCACCACUGAUGCGGUCUGCUGCGGUCAUUAUCGGUCUGGCAGUGGGUUGCGCCAUUUCAGGAGCCACUGGAUACUGGUCAACCGAACAGCUUACUAGUGCCCCAAAUGGAACCUUCUUGUGGGUACACACCUUCAAGUUGUCCGUCGACGGCACACUUGUGUUGCCCCUGAUCAUCAUGUUUGCUUGUCAAGCCGUAUCGUGCAUCCCAGACAUUCUGGUCACGGCAGAGCUAUCAGACGUAGACAUCGAGGGUUCUGAAUUCAGCAGCCGUGUACAGGGUGGUAUAUUGUGCGACGGCCUCGGCAGUCUUUUCAGUGCAUUCGCCACUGGACCUCCAAUGGUUUCGCAGGUCGGCAACAACGGAGUCAUUGUUCUCACUGGCUGUGCUUCCCGACGCGCAGGCUGGGCAGCAAGCGCAUAUCUCAUCUUAAUGGGUGUUAUCGCAAAGUUUGGCGCGGUGUUUGCUUCUAUGCCGCCCUCGGUCCUAGGAGGCAUGCAAGUUUUCCUGUACUCGACAAUUGCAGUGGCUGGUAUUCGUGUGCUGGCAUUGAUUCCGUGGACCCGGCGAGAUCGAUUCAUCUUGACCGUGGCGCUCGGAAUUGGAUUCAUGGAUAUCUGCCAACCGGAAUGGUUCACCUCGAUUCUCACAUACGAUGGACCAAAUCAAAGUCUGGUUGGUCUUCAACAGGGAAUCAACCUCGCAGUCGAGACACCCUUUGUGAUAUCGGCCAUUGUAGGUGUAUUUCUAAAUUCGAUUCUGCCUAAAGAUAAGGCUGCUGCAGGAUAUGGAGAUGCAGCAAGGCAUCCGGUCAUCGGCGGACAGUGAGGUUGAAUUGUCACGGGCAUCGGAGAUUGGAUUUUGCGAGA